AUGGCUAGGAGAAAGAUAGUCGCAGGCGUGACACAAAAGCCGCGACCACGUAUCGCGCCCGACGCGAUCGCCCACGCGUCCCGUCCCGCCCCGAUUGAUCGAUCCGUCCGCCCUCCCUUCCUGCCACCUUCCGCGGCUACAAGGAUCCGCUCCGCGUCGCCCGACCUCCACAUAAAAAAAUUCGCCCCAGCCGGAGCUAGGAGUGGAGCCCACCGCUGCGCCAUCCCGCAUCUACUGCUACCAGUAGUCCCUAUCUUCUUCCUCUUGCACCCGCUUGGUUGGUUGGCUGGUCACUCGGGCUUUGCUCUCCAGUCUCUCCGCCCGACCCUGUUCCCUUCACUUGUUUUGUUUGACUCGUCGCGGCCUUCUCGGAGCGGCAAAAGAAAAGCACCCGCCGCCGCUGCCGCUUCCGUCUUCGUGGCCCGGAGGAGGAGCAAAGCUGGUUGGAGACGGCGAGUGCGCGUCGGAGGAGGAAGGAGGAUUCUCCCGGAAGCGUCCAAGGCGAUAAAUCCUGCUGUGUGCCCCGCGGUGCGGUUUGCCGGGCGGGAAUCGUCCGUCCGUCUUCUUCCGGUGAUUUGGAGCGCGGGCUCUCCCAUGGGCGCCGCGGCGCAUUGA